AGGAUGUGGGGUGCUUGUCCUGUAGGUACUAAGGUUGGGCCAACCUGGAACGCACCUUUUACAUCUUAGUUGAGGUACCGGGGUCCGGGUCCGGCACUACGAUUCUCCCGAGCUGCGAUCUAGCCACGCUUUCAUUGGUUAGACAAGCUAGUAGCUAGCUAUGGAACCUAGGUACCCUGAAGCUUCUGCUGACGCGCCAAAUGGGCAACGUAUGCUUUUUGGGGAGCUGCCCUGUCUCAGGAGGGUCUCGAAGUUGAGGUGUCUCGAGAGUUGCGAGCUUGCAUUUAUCAAACUUUGACCACAAUUACCUUGCGGUACACGGCCACAACAAAUUUUCAUUCUUGACAGCCUUGGAUCUCUCAAUAGAUGAGUGUAUCCCUACCUUAAGCCGUCAUCAUGAAGCCUUUCGCCAUCACCACGGCGCUCUUUAGCUUCAUAUCCAUCGCACUCGCUGGCUCAACAACAGACUCCAAGACAUCGAAGGUCAUCCUGCCCGUCGACUUUAAGCCUCCACAGGUUUUCAAGAACGCCAAUUUGGUGCACGUCAUCUCUCUGGAGAAGACCUACGUAAAGGAACAGAUCAAUGUCCUCGUCGAGAACGUUGCAAAGGAGCCGCAGACAGAAUACUAUGUGCCAUUUACUGCCGAACAGCUUCCUCGUAUAGGAGGUUUCGAGGUUAAGGAUCGUAAGGAUGCGAACGCCGGACCGUUCGCGGCCGAGGCUGUCGAGUACGAUCCUCUCAGUGAUGUUCAGUACUAUCGUAUCCGACUGCCCACGCCACUCAAGCCCGGUGCCCAACAAACACUCGGAAUCACCUACUAUUACCUGAAAGCCUACACUCCUCUCCCCGCGGCCGUUUCCCAGGACGAUGACCAAUACCUGAGCUUCAACUUUUCCGUUUAUGCACCAUCUGCCUACAUCACGAAGAAGCAGAAGACUGAGCUUAAGGCUGCUUCGGCCGACGUCCCCGAUUAUACAAAGCUUCAAGGUAGUGGCGAGGUCAAGGAGUUUCCUGUAAAGCAGGGCACCAAGCUCAUCUAUGGUCCCUUUGAUGAAAAGCCCGCCGGUGCUGUCUCUCCUGCCAACGUUCGCUUCCAGUUUACCAAACCUGUUAUUCAUGUCAAGGAGCUCGAUCGUUUGAUUGAAGUCAGCCACUGGGGCGGCAACAUCGCCUUCGAGGAGCACUACGAGAUGUAUCACGGCGGCGCCAACCUUUCUGACAACUUCGACCGAAUCAAAUAUUCUCAGCAUUCGUUGUACCGUCAGCAUGGGGUUGCCGGAGUUCGUCCUUCGCAUUACCUCGACCAGUUGCGAAUUCCUCUUCCGGGCGGAAGCGUGGAUGCCUACUAUACAGAUGUGAUCGGCAACGUCACAACGUCUACUUGGCGAACCGACAACCGAGACGCUCUUCUUGUUCUGAAGCCGAGAUACCCUCUUUUUGGUGGAUGGAGGUACCCUUUCACUAUUGGAUGGAACUCCGAUGCUUCUAACUUCCUGAGAAAGACCGCCACUGGUAGUUUCGUACUCCGAAUUCCUUUCAUCGAAGGCCCCAAGCAGCCAGAAGGCGUUGAAUAUGAGCACAUUAACAUCAGUGUUCUCCUUCCAGAAGGCGCCGAGACCGUCAAGUUCCACACCAACAUUCCCGAAUCGUCGAUUGUAUCUACCUCGGUUGAUUUGACCAGAACCUACCUCGAUACUGUCGGCAGAACAGCAGUCAGCAUCAAGGCACGAAACCUGGUCGACGAGUUCCGAGACCGCCAACUCAUCAUCUCUUACGAUGCGCCUCUCUCGAGCGCUCUUCGAAAACCUUUGGUCAUCUUUGCCAGUGCCAUGGUGGUAUUCGUCACUACCUGGGCGUUGGGCCACGUGCAGGUGGGAUUUAAGCCCAAGAAAUAGAGGCUUUAAUAGAAAAGGAAUGUGUCUUUUGAUUAAGGGGUCUUCGCCUUCACAUGAUGAGGAGUCUGGAAGCUGCUGCUGGGUCAGAUGUAAAAGUGUAAAAUAGAGGGACCAUAUUAGUAAAUGGGAUUAGGUUUCCAGUUUGCAAGACGCAAGAAACAUCAGAUGACAGUCAAAUACUCGCUUGACUUUGGUCAUGUUCUGACAAAGACAGCAAAGCCACCACCAAGAGACAGGCUCCAAGCCAUCAUC